CAAGUCUUCAUUCUUGGUUAGUUCUCCCACAAUGCAAUGCGCUUCUGUCAUGGCUGCUCACUGAUGCCGCUUGCACCACAUGGGUGAAAAUCAACAUAUUAUCUCUGAUCGAGAAACACCGACUUAGCUCAUCACGAAAGCGAUUAAUCGCCGGCUUUGAUCUAGGACCGUCGACACCAGCUUCCACUUCAUAUUUUAGCAGGAACCAGAGGCGUUAGUAAUGCCCCUGGACGUAGAGAUCCCCGUCCUCCGAGGCUUUUUAACACCCAACGAGGCAACAGAAUGGAAGCAGAACAUUUUCAGUAUUGCAGAGGCCGGCUCUCUGCUGGAGUUAUUGAUGGAGGGUGACUUCGAGGCAGUUCUGCUGAGCCCCCUGGUGUUACAGCUGCUCACUGGAGAUGGCAGCUGCAGCGAGGGGGAGGACAUCGAGGCAUACCUGGAGAAACGGGUCUUGCUGUACCUUACUUGUGGCACCAACGAUGACCAGACCACUAGGGAGUUGGCAGUGAUGGCCCUGGCUGUCUCUUGCCUCCACAUGUUUGCUCAGAGUAACUGGACUGGUCCUUCCGUCUCCAUCCACAUUAGUGACCUGCUGCCGCAGACCCUGCUCUCCUCUCAGCCCCAGACCCUGGGUGAUGCGCUCCACUCCAGCCUGCUCCUGGAUGGGGAGUCUGUGUACAGCCUGGUGGCCAACCCCUUUCUCCUCCUGCUGGCCAGGGUUAUUCUCACCAAGUGCUCCUCCAAGAUGGACAGCCUCCAGCUGCUGCCUUGGUGGACGCUGCGCUACAUCAGCCUGCACCAGCAAAUCCUGGAGGCCUGUUCUCCACAGCUCUGCAACUUGGCCAACAGCAGCAUGGACAAAGUGCUGAAGUGCCUUUCUCUGUUUUCGGAGCAGAGAAACCUGGCUAUCCAUUUCCACCUGGAGUGUGUCUACACUAAUCUGACCUACUAUGAUUACGAGCCAGCCAAGGAACACAUCAAGAAGGCCCAGGAGCUCUCAGGAUUAAAUAUCAACAUGACUGGUGCUCUUGGCAAACGGACCCAUUUCCAGCAAAAGUACUUGGCUCAGCUUAUCCUUGAGGUCAAGAGAAAGCGGGACCAUUCUGGCCAGAAAGAUGAUGAGGCCAGUCCCACCCCCACACCUCAGGCCAGCCUGCCCAAGGACUACAAUCUGGGAGAUGACACCGUGCUGGAUAAAAUCAAUUUAGCGGCGCCAGAUCAGCAUGAGCUGCCUGACCUCAGUGCUGAGGAGCAGGCCGUCCUCCUCGGUGUCUGCAUUGACUUCCAGAAGAAUAACCCUGUCCACAAACUGACUGAAGAGGAACUCCUCGCCUUCACAGCUUGCAUUCUCUCUCAGCCCAAGUUCUGGGCUGUAGAAGUCACAGCUCUUUGCCUCAGGACCAAACUGGAAAAAGGGAGAUCCCGAUGUGUCGAGAGAGCCAUGAUGCAAACCCAGGCGAUAGUCGACCACUUUGAAGACAAGAACUGUCCCAUCACCGAGCGGCUGAAAGGCUUCUACUUCUGCCAAACCCCCCCCAGAUGGGAUGUUCAGAAACAGCUGGCCAGUCUGCUGACAGACCUCGGCUGCACCAGUUCAGCUCUGAUCAUGUAUGAACAACUGGAGCUCUGGGAGGAUGUAGUGAUCUGCUAUGAGAGGCUGGGCCAACAUGGCAAGGCUGAGGAGAUUGUUCGGCGUGAGUUAGAGAAGAAGGAGACGCCCAGUCUGUACUGCCUACUGGGAGACAUAUUGAGGAGCCAUCAGUACUACGACCAGGCGUGGGAGCUCUCGGGCCGACGCAGCGCCAGAGCCAUGCGCUCCAAAGCUCUGCUGCACCUGCGCAGCAAGGAGUUCCAGCAGUGUGUGGACUGCUUUGAGCAGUCGCUCAAAAUCAACACCAUGCAGCUCGGUGUGUGGUUUUCCCUCGGUUGUGCCUACUUAGCCCUGCAGGGCUAUGAGGGAGCUGCCAAGGCCUUCCAGAGGUGUGUGAGACUAGAGCCAGAUAAUCCAGAAGCAUGGAACAACCUCUCCACAGCCUACAUUCGCCUCAAACAGAAAAACAAAGCCUUCCGUACCCUGAAGGAAGCCCUGAAGUGUAACUACGAACACUGGCAGAUCUGGGAGAACUUCAUUGUGGUGUGCACUGACAUCGGGGACUUUGCUGAAACUAUCAAGGCUUACCAUCGCCUGAUGGAGCUCAGGGAAAACUACAAGGACAUCCAGAUUCUGCAGAUCCUGGUUAGAGCAGUUGUUGAUAACCUGAUGGACAACCAGGGUAAGCAGGCAGAAAGUCUCCGGUCCAAUCUGAAGGAGCUCCUGGGCCGGGUCAGUUCACGCCACAGUAGUGACUGUGACAUAUGGCAGCAGUACGCUCUGCUGUACGGAGACGGCCACAGCUCCAACCCAGAGGACAACGAGAAGGCUCUACAGUUCUUGUCCAAAGCCCAUCGCUGCAAGGUUCAAGCUGGUGGCUGGGAGAAAGAACCCGCUCUCUUCAAAGAGGUGAUCAAAAGAGCCAUCAAUAUGGGUGAAGUGACCAUGAGCUGCUGCAAGAAGAAGAGCAAUCCAACAGAAGCUUUUCAGGUGCUCUCCUCCACCCGCCUCAGCCUCAAGAGUCUGGCCACCAAAGCUAAGCAAAUGCACACAGACGUGGCCACGGGUCAGGUGCACGGCGAGCUGCAGGACGGGGUCGCUGCUCUGGAGCAACUACUCAAAGAGCUGCAGGAACUGAGUGGAAAGCUGCGGGACCAAUCACAGGCUCCCAGCAGUAAAGACUAAUCAGACAGACAGAAGACAGACAGCACUGUGUAUUGUUGGACACCUUUUAAAUCAAGACGACUGAGGAUAAUAAUAGAUAAAAUGGAGAGCCAAAGGUCUCAAUUUGUAAUUGUGAUGUUUUUUUAUAUCCACAUUGGAAUGUAAACAAUGCCUGUAAGACAUCAAAUAGUAAAAUGUUUAAAACGUU